UGCUUUGGUGGUGUGUGUAUGUGUGCACGUGUGUGUGUGUGUGUGUGUGUAUGUGUGUGUGUGUGUGUGUGUGUGUGAGUGAGUGUGUAUGAGUGAGAGAGUGAGUGAUAGAGAGUGUGUGUAUCUGCCGCCUCUCUCACAGUUUGGCUGUGGUCGGCCCGAGCAGUCAGCAGAGCUUGUCGUCUGGAGAGAGGCAAACAGAGACAGGUAGCUUAGUUGGGGCAUGAAAGAUGGAGCUCUCGGCGGCGGGGGAUCGUAUUUUCGCCGCAGAAGCCAUACUGAAACGCCGCGUUCGUAAGGGAAGAAUUGAGUACCUGGUAAAAUGGAAAGGAUGGGCAAUGAAACACAGCACUUGGGAGCCAGAGGAGAAUAUUCUGGAUGACAGGCUGAUACUGGGCUUUGAGCAAAAGGAACGGGAAAGGGAAUUACAUGGGCCGAAGAAGCGAGGACCAAAACCCAAAAACUUUGUCAUCAAGGCACGUUCUCAGAAAAGAGAGCCCAGCCGCCAAGCCACCAGCACCCGUCAGACCACAUCGCGCUCCUCUUUGUCCACUUCCAGCCGAGCAGCGCCCUCCUCUUCUGCCUCACCUCAUCAUUUACCAUCUUCGUCCUCCUCUUCCUCAACUGUGGCCCCCUCCCCUAAACUCAACUCCCUCGCAGCCACCCACAAGCUGAAGAAGGACAUUCACCGUUGCCACCGGAUGUCCAGGCGUCCACUGCCCCGUUCAGACCCCAUGGCACCUACUUUCUCCAACCCUGGUGGUUUCCCUUCCCGCAUGCAUGUCUCCCCCUUCUCCGAGACCGUCCGUAUCCUCAACCGUAGAGUCAAACCCCGAGAGGUCAAGAGAGGUCGGAUCAUCCUCAACCUAAAGGUCAUUGAUAAGCCAGGUAGAGGUGGCACAGCUGCAGGCAGUAGGAAUAUUACAACAGGACGCCAAAACAUCCCUUCUCGCAAUCGCAUCAUUGGGAAAAAGGGAGAGGCCCCUUAUAGACCUUUCCAACCUCCUCUGAAGAUGCUGGGGUUCCCGAUGUACGGGAAGCCGUUUGGGUUACAGUGUGGAGGCCCUGUGCCUUUCCACCCCCACACAGGGUCAUGCUCCAGCACAGGGGCCAGGGACAGCAACACCACCCCCUCUCAGUACCAGUCACCUCCCUCUCCUGCCUCCUCCAGCGGCUCUGAAGGAAAAUCUCCCACCGCCCCGGCUGCAAAGUCCAAGCCUGCCACUGGAGCCUCACCUUCCAGCGAGGGUCCCAAGCCCAGUAAACCUCACGCAGAGACCCAGAAGGGCCAGAGCGCCAAGAAUCCUACUCCUGCCCAGUCCUCAGAUGCAAACCCGGUGGUUUCAGCAUCUCCCUUCCUCCCUUCCUCACCGUCUUCUUCCUUGGAAGACGAGGAGGAGGAGGGUGCCGUGGACCGUUCAGUGCCCUCAGAGGGAGGCAGGAAAAAUCUUCGCCAACGCAGGGCUAAACGCCAGCCGCCCACCACUCUCCCCUGUGUCGCCCCCGGGGACCAGAGCUCUGCCCCCACCGAACCCCAAAGGGUGCCUGCUGAAGGAGACCCUGACUGGCACCCUGAAAUGGCGCCAAGUUGCAAGGAUGUGGUGGUCACUGAUGUCACCACCAACCUCGGCACCGUCACCAUAAAAGAGUUCCCCUCCCCUGCCUCCUGCCCUGCCUCGCCCUCCUCCAGCCCCGAAAAUGCCUCUUCCCCUCCCCCCGCCUCCACCUCCGACGACCCCUCCCCAGCCAAGCCAGCAGUCCUCCCCCGACAGCUGGGACUCUUCAUGGUUCCAGUGGACCAGACCAUCGUGAAUGGCAGUGUUCCCAAUUUUGGCGAUGUCCUUGUACUGAUGUUUGCAACAUGCCACUGCCUCAACAUCAGUUAUCCACCAGGACUGGGAGCAACUCUGGAACUCAUGCAGAGCAGGGACUUGAAGUGUAACCGCUGUGUUGUUAACCGGAGAUGUCAGACUACUUUAGUUAAUCGAAUUAAAGGUCGCGGUUAUGUUGGUGUGAUGCAGGCUGCUGUGCGGGUGCUGCUCUCGUCUGCGUCGCUCCCCACAGUCAUAAUGAAGUUCGUGGUGGUGCUUGUGGGAGCGGGCACUCUGGCCUUCCUCGGCGCGGUCAUCUGCAUCAUCGCCAGUGUUUAUCCCCGGAAACGCGCCGCGCCUCUCAGCGACAACGGCACCCUGACAUCGGAGACGCUGCUCCAGCCCCUGGAGCACGGGUCGGUGGCACACGCCGGGCCGCUGGGUGCCCUCCACGGCGCCGAGUCCUACGAUGGAGGAAACGGGCUGGGAGGCAUCGGACUGGAAGUUCCCACUCUGAACGAACUCAACCUCGGGGAGGAGACUGGAGGGGGGUCCGCGAAACAGUUCAGCUUCAGCCGGCUGAUCUGCACACCUGUACCGGUCGGAGAAUGCAAGACGAAAGAUCUGAGGCAACGGCGGCAGCAGCAGCAGCAGCAGGCGGAUGAGCCGCUGUACGGAACCGGUGAUGAGGACUGGACUUAUCUCCGGACCACCGCGGAGGAGCUCCGGCAGAUGGUCCUGCAGCAGAACGACCAGAUCCUCAUGGACCAGAGGACCAUCCGGGAGCUGACGGGGAAGCUGAGCGAGUGUGAGAGUGGCCUGGAGGACGAGAGGAGCGUCCCGGAGCGGAGCAUCGGGGUCUGGAGCGGCAACCGCCGCGUCAUGGCCGGGGAUGAUGUCAGCUCUUCUGCCGCGGCGCAGCUGCAGACGGCGAGGGCUGUGGAGGAGCUGGCCAGGGCCAUCAUGGACCUGAAGGACCGCAUUGAGAAACUCGAGGCGGAGAUAGGCCCAGCUGCCUUGAACCUCACCGACACGUCUGUGGGCACAAGUGGCAGCAGCAGCAGCAGCGGCGGCGGCGGCAGCGGCGGCGGCAGCAGCAGUAGCCCGCCUGGUAACACCGGCAGGGCUCCCGCUCCACCCACGGGCAGUGCUUCCUCCCCACCUGCAGCUGCCACCCCAGGGGGUCGCCGUCCCGCCUCCCCUGCUUCCCCUGCGCCCAAACCCCCAACCAAGGGUUCCCCCGGGCGUGGAAAGGGCACCUGGAGGGUAGAGGACCUGGAGGGGGAGCUGGAGAGGAAGAUAAAGAUGCUGGAGAAGGAGCGUCAGGCCAUGAGGAAAGAGACUCAGGGCCAACACGAGAAGAUCAACCAGGGCAUCGACACCGUCAGCCACCGCGUCACUGAGCUGGAACACACGCUGACAGAGCCGUCGUUCCCCGAUGGCUUCGUCCUCUCCUUCCCCAUGCGGACUAACUACAUGUACGGCCUGGUGAGAAAAGAGAUAACUGAGAUGUAUGCCUUCACAGCCUGUGUAUGGUUGAAGGCCAAAGAAGGGGGCAUCGGGACCCCCUUCUCUUACUCAGUGCCGGGGCAGCCUAACGAGCUGGUGCUGCUACAGGGAGUCCACAACCCUGUGGAGCUGCUCAUCAAUGACAAGGUGGCGCAGCUGCCUCUGUCCCUACCGCAGGACGAGUGGCAGCACAUCUGUGUCAGCUGGACCCUGAGGGACGGAGUGUGGAAGGCCUACCAGGGGGGGAAGAUGAAGGGGAGGGGAGAGGGUCUGGCUGCCUGGCAUCCCAUCAAACCAGGAGGGGUCCUCAUACUAGGACAGGAACAGGAUACGUUGGGGGGGCGAUUUGAUGCCUCCCAGGCCCUGGUCGGGGAGCUCUCCCAGUUCAACCUGUGGGAUCGGGUGCUGAAGCCUGCAGAGGUGGCCGCCCUGGCCGAGUGCAGCUCCUCGGCGCUCGGCAACAUCGCCCCCUGGACCGACCACGACGUAGAUGUCUAUGGCGGCGCCACCAAGGAGUCCCUGGACCCCUGCCACGCCGCCCAGAGAUCCAAUCCCUCCAGCCCCAAACAGUGAGGGGGGUGACUGGGAGAAGCCGGCCAUGGGUGGUCGUGUUUGAUAGGUCGAUUUAGGAGUCGAUUCAGGAGUUUAAAGGCAUAUCAUAUUGGAGUAUAUUUGUUUGUGUGGGGGAUGGGAGCUUCUCUGCUGGACUGAAAGGUGGAGCUGUUAAGUCGUUAAGAGUGGUGUAUCUGUUUUGAUUUUUGUGUUGGUGUCCACGCUCAUGUGUUUACUUCUGCAGUGAGAUACAGUGAGUUUAGUCACGGAAUCACUUUAGUGAAGGCUGCAUGGGUGGUUUAACUUUACGGGACUGUUAUGGAAGAGCUCCAUAAUAGAUUAGUGACGGGCUCGGGUGAGAUGUACCACCCUCUGCUGUGGGGCAUCAUCUGUUGGGCCGGUUAACUCUACUGCCCUUCAGGCAGGAGGCUUUGAUGGGUUUGAAUGCAGUAAUGAAGGAGCCUUUAAUGGCGCCGUAUAUAAGGGUUACUUAUUUUACAACAAAGUGACACAAAGUUCUGUCUUUCUUUAUCUUGUGUCCAGCUGGUUGUGUUUAACGCUAAAACUGAUUUAUGAGACGCUAUCAUGCUAACACUGAUUUCAACACUCAAUGGGGAACAAAAUGAGUUUUCUUCAUUUUUAACUUAUACGAUCCUGUUGAGUGAUGUCCGUGUACUUUUACGUUUUUCUAUAUUGCAUACCAUGUUUUGGUAAAACAGUGGUCUUAUAAAUGUAUAUUGUGUAAUGUAUCUCUGCUAAUGUCGCUCUGUGCCAGUCUGCUCCUCCUGCUGUAGCCUCUCACACACCUCACAGUCCUGCACGGUUAAGUUGCAGCGCUUUCGAUUCCAACCUAAACAAAGCGGCACUCUCGAUUGACCUCUGAAAUAAACACUUGAUGUCGAACCAAAGCACCGAUCAGACACUGAAAUUGUGACAAAAACCUGAGUGAGUUUGAUAAAACUGUGUUGUAUCCUUGAAUGUAAAGCAGAAUGUCUAAGUAUAUUUGCAUGACCAAGGUCACAUUUACUGUCACUGAAGAAACUAACUAAAAAUGUGUAUAUUGCAAAGUUGAUGUCCCCCAAACUGCUCCACACUCUUGAGCACACAGAUGUCUUUGUGGUAAAUCAGAUCCUCACACAGCAGAAAGCAAAGUGUAAGAAGUGGAUUCUUUCUAUGAUGACCGUUUUGUACUUGACAUAGAGAAACGUCUAGAGACCAACUCACACUUUCUGGUGUUUCUUUACUUGGAAGCUAUCAUUAGGCAGCCAUUAAUCCAAGCUACUUCUUCUCUUAGCAAAUUAAAGAACAACAAAAUAAAUAAAUAAAUAUAAAAAAAAAAAAACAUUUAACGAACUAGGGUUAUAGACAAUAUUUAUUGAUCUUCAGUCAUUACUUCUAGCACAGCCAAUUUGGACCUUUAGAAUAAAUUGAAAUCUCUAGACUUGAGUGUUAAUGUAAACUAUGUUUAAUAAUAAUCAUUCUGUCCCCCCUGUGACUGUAUGAAUGUAAACCUGAUCAGAAUCAAAACCGACCUCUAUUUCCAUCAUAUUGGAGAAAAAGAAAACGCGGACGUGGGAAUCCAUCUGACAUUUCCACCCUAAACAUCACCAGAUGGUAACUCUGCCACACUGCCUGAUGGAGACCAACGGGUGGAUGGUAUAAUCAAGUUAGUAAGCACUCUUUUGGACAACAACCGUAGCAAAUGAUUGAGUUUUAGCUGAAGCCGGCACACCAGGACUUACGCCUGCGAAAUACAUAACCUUGAGCCGUGACGCUACAUACUCCCAUCUCUGAGGCUGUCUCUGGUUUUCAGUGGGUUCUGUCAAAUGAUCGUCAUUCUCGAAAUGUUUAGCAUUUGAUUUGCGUCUUUGUUAGCGACAACAAGACAGGUGGGGUGUGCUUAAUUUCUUGAGCUCACUGCAAGUUCAAAAUGGUACAUCAUAGAAAUAGUUUAGAGAAAGUAGAACAAGCCGCCCAGUGUGAGGAGAGAGGGAUUGAACCCUGUGCAGUGACGUGAACUGUGGUUAAAAUGCAGCUCGUGCUUCUGUUACCUCAAGACAUCAGCCCCACGUACGAUUUGACACCCAGCUGUAAAGUGCCUGCCUGGGCUCUCAUGCCCAAAAAAAAAGACAAAAAAAACCCCAAAAAAUGUCAAAUGUUUUAAUGUUUUCUUCUUCGUCUCCUCUUUCUUCUUCUCUGUCACUUUCUCUCUCUCUUGCUUUUGAUUGUUGAAGGCUGUGACGGUGUUGCACUUGUCCUUAUUUGCAUCUUCAUGGAUCUUCUAUGAUAUUGUGAAAUCGGUGGAUAAAAACAAUAAAAUGGUUAUGACAACA